UGUGCGCUGGCAGCGGGCAGUGAGCGUGUGAAAUCUCAGCGGGCGAGUUUUUUUGUGCAGCAUGUUGCCGUACCAGGCGGUGGCGAUGGACUACGCCGUCACGUCGUCCUUUCAGCGGCAGCCGGGUUCUGGUGCGCUCAUCAACCCGGCCUUCACGCACUCCUGUAUCUUGGAGGUGCGGAAGGAGAAGAGUCGAGAUGCAGCUCGCAUCCGGCGCGGCAAGGAGAACUUCGAGUUCUACGAGCUGGCCAAGAUGCUGCCCCUGCCCGCCGCCAUUACGUCGCAGCUGGACAAGGCGUCCAUCAUCCGGCUGACCAUUUCCUACCUCAAGCUGCGCGACUUCUCGGGCCACGGCGACCCGCCAUGGAGUCGCGACGGCCCGCCGCCGAAUAAAAGCGUUAAGGGCCCCGUCCGGCCGCGUUCUGUUGCUGGAAUAGCGAUGGAAAUGUUCGAGCAGCACCAAGGAACCCAUAUUCUGCAAUCGCUGGACGGAUUCGCCUUCGCCCUGGCUGCAGACGCGCGGUUUCUGUACAUUUCGGAGACCGUCUCCAUCUACCUGGGGCUCUCACAGGUGGAGAUGACGGGCAGCAGCAUCUUCGAGUACAUCCACCAGCAGGACCACGCGGAGCUGGCCGAGCAGCUGGGUCUGGGGCUGGCGCAGGGGCAGUCGCUCGCCUCGCCCGGCAGCGCGGGCUCCGAGGAGGGCGCGCCCCAGGGCACCAACAACCCCGACGUGGCGACGCAGAUGAGCUUGAGUAGCAGCUCGGCGUACAAGGGGCUGGACCGAGCCUUCUGCGUGCGGAUGAAGUCCACGCUAACGAAGCGGGGCUGCCACUUCAAGUCUUCGGGAUACCGGGUGGUGCUGGUGCUGAGCCGGCUGCGGCCGCAGUACACGUUCUCGCACGCGCGCAAGUCGUCGCCGCCGCUGCUGGGCAUGGUGGCCAUCGCCAUGGCGCUGCCGCCGCCCAGCGUCCACGAGAUCCGCCUCGAGUCCGACAUGUUCGUCACACGUAUCAACUUCGACUUCCGGAUAGCGCACUGCGAACCUAGGGUAUCAGAAUUACUCGACUACACGGCCGACGAACUGACAGGCAAGAACCUGUACACAUUGUGCCACGGGGAAGACGCCAACAAGCUGAGGAAAUCCCACCUCGACUUGAUCAACAAGGGGCAGGUGAUGACGCAGUAUUACAGGUUAAUGAACAAGAGCGGAGGCUACACGUGGGUGCAAACGUGCGCCACCGUCGUCUGCAACUCGAAGAACGCAGACGAGCAGAACAUCAUCUGCGUCAACUACAUUAUCAGCGGACGCGAGUACGAGAACGUGGUGAUGGACUGCUGCCAGAUGGACGACGCCGUAUCGCAGACAGUCAAGAGAGAGGACAACGACCCCGAGAACCCCUCUCCCGACGCCGACAGGCCCGGCGGUCGCAGUAGCGGCGCGGGCGCGGCCAGCCAGCAGCAGCCGCCGCAGCAGCCGCAGCCGGAGCCCCACCGGUCGCCGCCGGACCUGGAGGAGGGCUCUUCGCAGGGCGCGGCCGGCGCCGGCGCGGGCGCUGGCGCUGGGGAGCCGCACGGCAGGCGGCUCGCCGCCCCCGCACCCGGCCCAUCGCAGUCUUCAAUCUUAGCGAACGGACCAUUUCCAACGACCCUGACGUCACACUGUUGUCUUUCGUUUCUCCCCGUCAUCCUCCUCGAAGUAGACAGUCAGCUCGCUGCGCUGUGCCGAGAACGUGUGUGUGAGAGGGUGUUUUGUACGUUGCCGCAGCUCGGCGGCGGGCUGAGCAUCCGCGCGCUCAAGAAGCUGGCGGCGACGCGCGGACGCCCGCACAAGCGCAAGCUGCUCUCUGACGAGGACAGCAGCUGCUGCAGCUCCGACGAAGACGACGAGGACGACGAGGACUCGUCGGCGGCAGCGGCGGCGGCUGCGGCGGCGGCGUCGGUGGCGGCGUCGGCGGCGGCGGCGGUGGCGAUGGCGGCGGCGGCGGCCAAGCGAGCGGCCGUGCUCAGCCCCGCGUCCUCGUCCUGCCACUCGUCGUCGGCGGCGGCCGCGCUGCCCUCCGACCACAGCCCCAAGCCCGACGACCCCGACGGCCAGCCCGGGCCCCCAGGUGGUGGCGGAGCAGGGGGCGGCGGUACGUCGGUGAAAGACCUGGAGCACGCCAUGUCGAAGCACCUCCCGGCGGCCACACCACCACAACAGCAGCAGCAACAGCAGCAGCCGACGGACUUCAGCACGGACGCGCUUCUGAAGCAGCAACAGCAGCAGCAGCAGCAGCAGCGGAGUACGAUCCAGUGGAUCGGCGCGCAUCACCUGGGGGCGCACGGCGCGCACCAGGCGACGGGGGCCGGCCCGCUGCCCGCGUCGGCGCUGCUGCGCCAGCUGUACGCCAACCGCGAGAGCGUCAUCCGCGCCAACGUGCACGCUGCCGCCGCCGCGCGCGGCUCCUCCGCCUACUACACCGCCGACCAGCGGGCUGUUUCGCAGGUGGGCCCCCUGCCGACGCCGCCGGGCAGCGACGGCAGUUCGUACGCGGCGGCCGCGGCGGCGGCGGCUGCGGCGGCGGCGCCGGGCGGCGGCGGCGCGGCGGGCGGCGACGUGGCCUUCAGCAGCCUCGUGUCCGCCGCCGCCGCCACUGCCUACGACUACCACUCGGCCAUGACUCCGCCCUCGUCCGUGUCGCCGCGCGACAAGCACCAGCAGCAGCUCUUCGACGGUUACCAGUACGAGCUGCCCGCUCAGCCGCUCCCUCUUAAGCCGCAGGUGUACUCUGCUGUACAUCCAUCGGCCCUAGAUGCUGCAUACUCAUCGCUAGAUCAGGCACAAUUCUAUCACCACCAUGGGGCAGCACAAGCAUUUCAUCUCUACCAUCCAGCAGCUAAUAAGACAGUGACAGCCACAGCAACUGUCUACCCAGAAGCACUGAAGAACUCUGCCAACUGGUAUUCCACCACAUCCUAGUACAGCCAAUGCAGCCCUUCAGAAUAUUUGUACUUAAUGUCAACACAUGUAAUAUAACAUACAGUUCAUUUUUCAGUGUAAGAUAUUACAGAGUGUGUCUAGUGAGCACAUUUGAGUGAGAAGAAACUGCAGGCCAAAGUAAACUUUCUGCUCUGUUUUCUGAGACUAUAGUGAAAAUUCAGUCUGUCCGAUUAUUUAACAGAGCUUGGAACUUAAGUGAUAAGCAUUCCAAGUGUACAGGAAGCUUUCUUUUACAUAUUUCCUUCAUAUGUAGGUCACACAGUUUGCAGAAGAAAUAUUUGUAGCUGCAGGUGUGUCACUGCAGCAUGGAUGAAUGCAGAUACUUUUACAGACAAAUCUAAUAUACAGUCUGAGAUUCUUCUGCCUUACAGAUGAUGGAGAGGUAUGAUUCAGCCCCACUGGAUCCAAAUGGAGGGCUAAAAAGUCAAAGACAAGGAGUAUUCUUAGCUCAAGCAUAAUAAUACUCUAAAAUUUCUUGUGUCUGGUUAAGAACACUAUCAAAGAUUCACAAUUAACUGCUUCACACACUGAAACAAAUUGUGAUUAGCACUCAGUUGUAUUCUACUAGAUUCAGUGUUAAUGUUUAAGCAGUUACAGCUUCAACAACAGCAGCAUUAGUUACAUGAAGAAAGAAGACUCCAUUUCUUCAGAACUGUGUUUUAAUGACAUCCUGCGCCACAUUGCACCUGUGACUCACAAUGUAUAUUUUCUCAGUCGAAGAAUUUUGCUAUUAAUUAUAUGUAAUUGUGUCCAGUUAGGCCUAUUCUUUCUUGUAGUUUCCUUGUCUCCAUAUUUAUUAAGUAAUACAGCUAUU